CUCGACAUAUAGGAAGGCCACCUUACUCGUACUCCUCCGCCAUGACCGCAUGGGAUAGCCCCUUCCCAUCAGCGCUCGUAUUCUAACGACAACUUAUCCCCUAUUCACAACUCAUAAACCGAGCAUGGCCGACGACACAACGUCAGCAGGGAGCGCGGACGCAGAAACAACGACCGAGGCAACAACAGAUCAGAAAAACGAGAACACUGCUGGAACAGGGACUUUAGGAACUACCGUACGGAAGUGGAAAGAGGAGUUUUCGGAAUGGGCCAAGAAGACGCGGUCAAGUUUUCAGACUACCUGGGAUACCGCCAAAACCAAGACCAAGGCAGGCCUGGACUACACCAAAUCUGCUGGAACCAAAUCAAAAACCGCAAUAAGCAACGCCUGGAACUCUACAAAGUCAACAGCCAACUCGGCCUGGUCUAAAGUCUCUUCUGUGACGAGUGCAGCGUGGAAAAAGGUCAUGAGUGCUUAUCACUGGGCUGUAGACGGGAGGAAGAAAACGACACCGGCAGCAAAGACGAGCGACACCGACGCUGCAUCCACAGACAACACAGAAUCAAAGGCUUCGGAGGAAUCAAAGGCCGAUGUCAAGUCCGCCGAGGCUUCCACCGAAAGCGAUGGGGAUUCGAAAAAGCCCGACAAUGAAAGCAAGAAGGAUGGCGAUGACGGCUGAAGCAAUGUCUCAAUCUGCUGAGCGCAUUCAUCGAUGUUUUGAGGGCACCUCGUGUUUGGUACGGCUCCCCA